UCCCCAGCACACACGCGGUAGUUCUGCAGCACUAAAAGGCCCACACAAACACGUACACACACACCAGCCACUUUUCGUCUGCUCCCUCGUUCGAACAUGGUGCGCUGUUCCGCUCUUCCCGCGGCCCUCGUGGCGCUCGGAUCAUCCUCCUGCACGGCCUUCGUGACCCCGCUCGUGACCCGCGUGCCCGUGGCGCCCUCGACUACCAGCAUGGCGCUCAAGGGUCCGGCAGGACGCUCAUCCUCGCCUAUCAACAAAGCGGCGAGCGUUGUCGGCAAGGCCCUUUUCGGCCGGCCUGGAGGGGUCAAGAUGGGGAACAACAACAACGAUGGUGGCAUGAUGGGCGGUGGAAACGGCAACAUCAACAACGGCGGGCAAGGUUCCUUCGAUGACAACGAGGAGGAGGGCAGCGGCAUGGACGCGCUCGCGAUGCUGGGCGUGCUGGCAACCGUCAAGGAUGGGGCGGGGGGUGCUUGGGACGCGUAUAACAGUGCCUUGGCCGAAAAGCCGAUUCUUGUGAAGGCUUGCACGUCCUUUGUAGGAUUUUCCAUCGGCGACUUCUUGGCCCAGAAGGGCACAUCUAAGGAGAGCUUCUCGUAUGCGCGAUUGGCCCGCAUGGCCGCGUUCGGGUUUCUGUUCCACGGGACUAUCUCCCACUUCUUCUAUAACGCGCUCGACAACGCCCUGCCCGGCACCGCCGCAAUGACCGUCAUCCAGAAGGUGAUCAUCGACCAGGUCUUCUGGGCCCCUAUCUUCACCCUCAUCUUCUUCACGUGGAUCGGGGUAACUUCCGGCGCCUCCCCCAGCGAGAUCGUGGCCAAGGUCAAGAGCGACUUGGUCCAGGGGGUGGUGGGGUCGUGGACGGUGUGGCCGCUGGCGCACACCAUCAACUUCAAGUUCGUCCCCACCGAGCAGCGCCUGCUGUACAUCAACUCCAUCCAGAUCUUCUACAACGUGUUCCUGUCCAUCAUCGGAUCCAAGUAAAAUACCUUUAUCAAGCUCGAAGUCUGCGUGUGAGCUGGGGUACGGUUCGCAGCAUUUCUUGCCUUACCGAGGUGGGAGGUCGAAAAGAGAAGGCGUUGUCGGCUGUUUUGCAUGGUGACGCUGCUUCUGCGUGAUUCCUGUAGCGGGAGAAAGAGUAGCUUUCCCGGUAGGUGGCUGCUGCUUGGCUAGGCUGUUGCUAGCUUGGAAGCCUUGCGAAUGUCGCGGAGUACAGAGGUAGUUUUUCGUGUCUUGCUUAAAAUAAAAUCCAGAGUCUGGAGUAGUUCCUUCCAUUCCGGGGCGGGAGGAAUGAAUUGGCAAGAAACGAGUGAAGCGACGGUUUGGCAUCAUCGCAGUCGCGGGGUGGUUUCGGCCAAGUGCAGCACAUCGUGUUGGUGUUCCCCGUGCUCCAACGCUCGUCAAUAUAUAGUAGCAGCAUGCAGCCAGGCGAGGCGCAUCUAGACGCCGAGAGUUGGUGUAAAUUAACGGCAGGAAUGGGCAGGGCGGGGCCUUCUGAUUGAUAAACGGUCGGUCGUGAGGUUGUAUGCCGUUAGCAGGCGUCUUUGGGGCGGGGUAUCGAGGCAUUGACGACUGGUUCUUCGCUGCUGUUCGGGUCGUUUAGGCGGCUGCGUUUGAUGGGCACAAAGUGCGGGUGUUUGGUUGUCUUGUCUCCUUUGUGCUUCGUUCGGACCGCGAAGGCGUAAGUGUUCCCCUUGCCACCCCAAAGUGAGAGCGUUUAUUUGGCUUUAUUUGUUGAUAUUCUUAACAAGGUGUACCGGUUUUAAGGUUUAGAACUACACGGCGGUUGUCGUCGUGAACUACACACACAACACCAAGUAAAUACCAAAGAUGCGAGAUUGCGACCAAAAAAUUAAGUCAAGAGACCCACGAGCCUACCCAAUCGCGGUUGAAUCUUCCGUCCAUUGGCUUUGUUAGUCUGGGCGGGAGACGCAAGUACAGGAGAGGCGUCUGCUGAUGCUUCUGCGUUUCGUCCGCCGCGGGAAAGAAUAGAUGGGGCCGAAGCUGGCAAGCAUGCCCGUUCGUAGCUGUUGACGGUAUUGAUCAUGGGCGUUCUUAGUCCAAACGAUUUGGCUUCUGACGCUUCUUCUGAAAGUACACCUACGUCGUGGUUGCGAAGGGCAAAAACCCGUCAUACAAUCAUGCCGAUGCGCACGACGCUUUGCAGGUGAUGCCAGCGAGGAUAAGCGUGUUGACCAGGCCUGUUGGCACCAUGUACACGGCGAGCCGGAGCCGGGGUUGGACGGUCUUGUGUCCUUUGCCUCAUUCGUUGAGACGCUUGGUUUUGUUUGUGACCACCAUGGACCAACAUGCCGCUUGCUUAAAGAGCGAUUAUCUGCUCACGCGUCUGGAGUAACCCUUUUCCAACGUGCUC